GACUGCUCUGAGAGAAUGAGGAAGGAUAUGUGUGAUUCUCUUUCUUUUCCCGUCUUUUUCGACCAGUCACAGUCACGUGGGGGAAGUGCUGACUAGCACAGCGCUCACUUCAUAUCUUUCAUCAAACUGGCUGUCAAUUAGCUCGCGAGAUCUUUACUCGGCUCGGCAGUCGAGGACAGCGAGGCAGCGAAGGAGCUGUGCUAGAUCAGACACCUCCCAGAUUGAACUAGCUGUCACUAGGAGCUCACCAUUAGACGGCAUAAAUCCACCCGGACUGCCACACGCACUCCUGUGAUCAACGGGCCGCCGUGGUGACGAGCUAACGGACAGAUUGACACCUUGAACAGCCGGGGCUUCAGAUAGAUGGCAGACAAGCAGAUCAGUUUGCCCGCCAAAUUGCUCAAUGGGGGGAUCGCUGGGCUGAUUGGAGUGACCUGUGUGUUUCCCAUCGAUCUGGCCAAGACUCGCUUGCAAAACCAGCAAAAUGGAUCUCGCCUUUACACCAGCCUGUCAGAUUGCCUUAUUAAGACCAUCCGGUCGGAGGGGUAUUUUGGGAUGUACCGAGGAGCGGCGGUGAACUUAACACUAGUCACGCCAGAGAAAGCCAUCAAAUUGGCUGCCAACGACUUCUUCAGGCAACACCUCUCCAAGGAUGGAAAACUCACUCUGCUCAAAGAGAUGCUGGCCGGGUGCGGUGCAGGUACAUGCCAGGUUAUUGUUACAACUCCUAUGGAGAUGCUGAAAAUCCAGCUCCAAGAUGCUGGACGAAUUGCGGCUCAGAGGAAGCUGAUGCCUGAGACGGUGGCAGCAGGUAGUGUGGAGCCCAAGUCUCCAACAGCCAUGCAGCUCACCAGGCAACUAUUUAGGGAAAAGGGCAUUGCUGGGCUGUACAAGGGCCUCGGUGCCACCUUGCUCAGGGAUGUUCCUUUCUCCGUCAUCUAUUUCCCCCUUUUUGCCAACCUGAACAACCUGGGCAAAAGGGGCGCAGAGGGGCCCGCCCCCUUCUACGUGUCCUUUGUAUCCGGCUGCCUUGCGGGCAGCACCGCGGCUGUUGCCGUCAACCCCGUUGAUGUGAUAAAGACCAGACUGCAGUCGCUGAACCGGGGAAGCACAGAAGACACGUACAGUGGAGUGACUGACUGCAUCAGGAAAAUCCUGCGGAAUGAGGGACCAUCCGCCUUCCUGAAGGGAGCCUACUGUCGAGCCUUGGUCAUUGCACCUCUGUUUGGGAUCGCCCAGGUGGUCUACUUCUUGGGCGUGGGCGAAUAUAUUCUCGGCUUGACUAAAAAAGACCACUAAGAAGCGCGUCCGACCUGCCUUUCCCCUCCCACAAUGCAUCGCGCCGACCGCGUUCAUCUCAUUCUGAAAGAAAUUUUCGAUGGGUCAAAGCGUGACCGGUCAGUACAUGUUGUUUUAAAUUUAUUGUGUUGAAUGUUGAAGUACUUUUAGGAAGGAGCCUUUCUUUUGCCAAGCUGCCUAUGGUGGCACACACAACAAUCCAGAAAGGCGUGCUGAGCUAGCUCUCUGGAAAGGAAGCCACAAAUAUCAGUUGGAGUUUUAAUUUCAGCAUUUUAUUGCAUUUUAUCUAAAAUGAUUGUCACAUUUCCAAAGUACAUGUACUGCCCUUGGUUGCUGCGGUUCUGCAAGCCCCACACUACCUUAAUUUGAAAUAGCAUUAGUAGCUGAAUGACAGAAGACCAUAGUGAUCUAUUGAAAAUGAUACAUCAUAGAAUAAAUGCGCAUACUUUAAAACAGAGACAAUAGAUUACUAGAAUAUGCUAAACAAAGAAUUGCCCCAGACCGUUUGUCUUAUGAAUAUAGUAUAUCUAGAAUUAGAGCAGAACAUAGAGAAUGCCUCAUGUUCAGAAACAGACCCAGGGAAUGAACUCAGCAACAUGCAGCCUUUGAUUGCCUUGGCUUUUUUUUAAUUUACUGCCACCACAAUGGUUUGACUGUUUUUGCCUCAGUGAAAAAGAUAUCUCCUGUUUGCAAGCUGAACUUAAGGGACAGUGUUCAAAACCCGGGCAUUACGCAGCGCCCCCCCCCCCCCCCACCACACUGUUCAAAGCUGCCUCUGUGCUCCUUUCCACGGGUUGGAGCCGUCAUGCAUGUCCCCCCCAAUUAGAGACGUCAAGGCAGGAGUUUUGCCUUCGACAGAUGAUGGAACACUCCUGCUGUGACGUUUGAUUCGCUGUGGGCUCAGAUGAAAGCGUCAGCUGUGAGACCCACCUGGGUCGAAUGUCGUAUUAAUAGGAUGCAGGUUAUUAGCAGUCAUCCAUUGUGGAGCCAGUAAGACCUUUGAUAAAGUAGUUCAAACCACUUCGAUCCAGACGUAUUUAUUAUUGUUUACAAAUGAGUUCACUCUCAUUUUCGAUUAUUUUGUCUGAAGUAGGAAGGACCCAAAGAGCUAAUGGUAAAUUUAUCUUUAUGUGUUUUCUGUGCUCUAUGAUUUUACCAAACAUCUCGGCCUGUUUGCUUUAGAGGUUUUGUUUGCUUUAAGCUGCAAAGGGAAAGCGGCCCUGUCGUAUCUUGUUUAUGCAUCACAACGCCGAAGCCCCCGCCAUUGGUUUAUCUCGCCGGAGAUCAAGGUGACUUUGAUAUGUAUUAUCCAAUCACAUUCCUUCCUCGCUCCCACUGUUCCAGCAGCUCCUCGAUUAUACCGCUGCACCGUAGAUACGCGAUGCAACUUUUCAAUGUUUUAUCGUUUGUGGGAGUGAGAUGUCUUUAUCAGAAAUCCUUUCUAUAGUCAGUAUAGCACUAUAUAUUUGUAUGUGAUGUUUUUUCUGUGUAAAAGUGUCCAACUUAACUUUCCAUGUAAAUAUGCAGAUAAUAUGAACUCUUAUGUUUUAGGAUUUAUUGCUUUGUUUGUACAUGAUGGCUUAUUUGCACACCGACCUCUCCAGCCCCCCCCCCCCCAAAUCCAUAAUGUGCUGAUUUUAUGUUCUGAUGACUUGGACAUAUCAAAUGAGGGAACAUGUUUUACUGCGGCAAACAUCAUUCGAACCUGCAGCAUGUUGAUGAGGUUUUUUCUUUUACUAUAUACUACAGGCGAGGGUUUUUUGGAGCUUCCAUUGCUCCUGAGCUGCUGGUUACCGUUUCUUACGGUUUUAUCAUCCGGGACCAAACGGAACAGCAAUUUAAUGAUGAUAGAAAGGUCGGAGGCUUUAGAAGAAUGACCUCUGGGACAACUAAAACUGUUCCGCGAGUGAAAUAUCAUCAUAAAUUACAGCCCGAACGAGGCUUUAAGGGACCCGCUGACGUCCGACUGUAAAUCGCAACGUCGCCCGCCCGGUGCUUCUUUCACAAGGUAACCGCAAUGUGACAUUGGUGCCACUAACCACCAAGGCCGUGCCGGCUGAAUCACAUGCUAGCUCGAGAAUCUCAAAGCCAUAGGUGAGGGAGGCACGUUAGAGCCGCUCCACGUGGACUGGCCCCUCCAGCCGUGCUGACAGAUGGGCCAACGGAAAAAAACAAAAACAAAAAAACAUCCAGUGUGAGCUCGUCUUUUUCAACAUUCCGAUCGCCAGUUCAUCUCACGUAUGUCGCUUUGUUGUAUUAAUGGAACUUGUUGUGUUGAGAUUAUUGUUAUGAUUUGAAGAAACUGCCCGUCCCACCAGCCCCUCCCCUUGUUGUUGUUUUCAGAGGCUUUAUUUCCUGUAUCUUUGUUUGAAUCUUGAAAAUGUUGUGCAAAGUAAUUUUGUUUUACUCAGCUGUGGAUCUUCACUGACCUUGUGCAUUUGGUUGUAUAUGUGCGUGCGUGUGCGUGUCCGAUUGUGUAGUUCUGUAGUUGAUGCGUAAUUGUUAGCGUGAACACUGCGGUAUUUUUCUCUUUGAUUGUCUGACCCGUGUUCUGUCCCCUCCUUCGCUUCUAUCUUUCACACUCCUCUGCCAUCUCCUCCCCCCCCAGCAUGCUGUGGGGCUGCAGGGUAGCACAGAGGAGCUCUGAAACACCAAAUGUAUGACUUAGGGUGUGUACAAUCAAAGAAAGCACAAAGGAUUAGUAGGCACAAGAGACCGCAUGGCCCUCUUUUGAAUACACUCAGACAGAGUUCCCGGAAAAAACAAUGUGCUGCUUUUGCAGACAUUGAUUGAAGCCCGAUGUAUUCAAGAGGAGGAGCCGAUUUGAAAUGAGCUUUUUAGGCUUGUAGGAAAGUUUAUCGAUGUCUGUAAAACUUGAUGCAUAGGGCUGAGACGACAGGUCGUUGACCCGUGUGACGGCGUCCACAAUGUCACCCAUCAGCAGUUAUCCACAAAAUGUAUAUCGCCCACAUAUUCUAAAUGAAUCAGAUAUAAGAAUGUAUCUUAGCUAUUAUGAGAUGUAUUAUAAUUACAGUGAAGAGUUUAUUACAUUAUAAUCUAAAGAUCUGUGCUUUACACAUUCUCUGAAACGGUUCAUUAACCAGCUCACUGAUAUGCAAUAAGUAUAAACAACACAAAGACGCACAUUAGAAAUAAACAGUGAACACAUAAAAAAAAAACACCUUCUACAAUGAACGAUGCAAGCGGGGAAAUUGGAGGCCUUCUGGGGUCUCUCCACGGCCUCCGUUGUCUUCCUCCAAGAGGAAUUGUGCAAUACGACACUUUAAAACAGGGACCCUCGCCCAGCUGUCCAUCUGCAAAGUCUCUCUGUGGCAAAGAGGGUGUUUAUGAAAAUGUGUGGUGAAUGACACAGCUGACAAUGCAAUUGAAAAACAAGAAAGAAAAAAACCCCCAGAUAUUGUGUUCCCUUUUCACAAUUUGCUGUUCAAUAAACUGACUGUCCUGAAA